AUGGGCUUUGUGUUGCCAUCCCGGACGAGGGGACUGGUGAAGCCCCUGGAGGGGGAAGGAUGCCGUGCGAUCCAAAAUUACGGUAUCAUUUCGCGGCUGGGCAUGACGGGAGAGAAAAGAGUACAGUCAGUCAAAGAGAGGAGGAUGAUCGAGCGACGCACUGGAAGUUAUAUACCUAGUGUAAAGGGUGAGGCUGGCAGGCGGUCGGAGAUGGCAGAUGCCAGUUUGAGGAUAGUCCGGGGCGCCAAACCGAAUUGGGAUGGACCAAACCCAAACGGGGGGGACGCCAAACUCGAUCGAGGGGGCGGCUGA